AUGGGUCUUGCCCAUAAGGCCACCCACUACUUUGCAAGCUGUGAACAUCAUGGAUGGGCAUUGCUCCAUCUCCUCAACCGUGUGUACUGCAUCCCCAAGAUCGCCAACCAAGCGAGCCAGGAUCAAACGCUGAGUCUCAUACUUCAUGUCUGCCGCGGGCUCGCUUUGGAUGAAUGCAGGGGCAUGCUGAAGGGCAUGCGAUUUGAGACUUGCGGGCCAGGCCUCUUGCGUCAGCUCAUCGGCAUCAUGAUCCGCAGCUUUGAACUGUUUCACGGCCUUCCCUUCUCGCAGAAGGCGUUUCCCAAGAACGUCUAUGGCGUGCAGUUUUCGCCAUGCGCGUUGGAUCACUGCUGCGAAAUAAUCUUCGUCAGCCGCGUGUCCAACUGUUGUGUUGAUUCUGGGGAGGAGGUUUGGUCUUGCAAACUCCGGCCACCAUUCCUGCACGGAACUUUGCAACCCAGCUUCAAGGUCUACAUCAAGGUCGUCCCUGUUGCCUACAUUGCCCCCAAUUUUGGAAAAGCAUGCCCGAAAGGCCGCCAGUACACCACAGCACUUUGGCCAAAGGAACCUGACAGCAGAUAG